AUGGUGCAGAGUCUUUUAGAGGCGCUUAACGUCCGGGUGGUGGGCUCCGGCGAGAAGGUUCUUGUGCUCGCCCACGGCGUCGGCACCGAUCAGUCGGCGUGGCAGCGGAUCCUUCCCUACUUUGUCCGCGACCACCGCGUUGUCCUCUACGACCUCGUCUGUGCCGGCAGCGUCAACCCGGACUACUUCGACUUCCGCCGCUACACAUCCCUCGACGCCUUCGUCGAUGACCUCCUCGCCAUCCUCGACGCCCUCCGCCUCGGCCGCUGCACCUACGUCGGCCACUCCGUAUCCGCCUCCAUCGGCAUCCUCGCCUCCAUCCGCCGCCCCGACCUUUUCGCAAAGCUCAUCCUCAUCGGCGCCUCCCCCAGGUUCCUGAACGACAAGAAUUACCACGGAGGUUUCGCGGACGGGGAGAUCGACACGGUGUUCGCAGCGAUGGAGGCGAACUACGCGGCGUGGGUGAGCGGGUCAAGAGCUUUGGGAUAA